AUGUGUAAGGGACUGGCAGCUCUGCCACACUCAUGCCUGGAAAGGGCCAAAGAGAUCAAGAUCAAAUUGGGUAUUCUUCUCCAGAAGCCAGACUCUGCUGUUGACCUUGUCAUUCCAUAUAAUGAGAAGCCGGAGAAGCCUGCCAAGGCGCACAAGCCCUCGCUGGAGGAGGUCCUGCAAUGGCGCCAAUCCCUGGACAAACUUCUCCAGAGCAACUACGGAUUUGCCAGCUUCAAAAGUUUCCUGAAGUCUGAAUUCAGUGAGGAAAACCUUGAGUUCUGGGUUGCCUGUGAGAAUUACAAGAAGAUCAAGUCCCCCAUCAAAAUGGCAGAGAAGGCAAAGCAAAUCUAUGAAGAAUUCAUCCAGACAGAGGCCCCUAAAGAGGUGAACAUUGACCACUUCACUAAAGACAUCACCAUGAAGAACCUGGUGGAACCUUCCCCUCACAGCUUUGACCUGGCCCAGAAAAGGAUCUACGCCCUGAUGGAGAAGGAUUCUCUGCCCCGCUUCGUGCGCUCUGAGUUUUAUAAGGAGUUAAUCAACUAG